GGUUCAUUUGAGCGGGUUUGUAGAUGGCUGAGAUCAUAGUUAGAGACAGUUAGCGGUAUUCAGCUCAACACUGUACACUGUAGAGAGUCUGCCCGUGCUUGAUUACCCGUCCUGCACUCUCUCUCUCUCUCUCUUAGUCAAUUAUUUGUGAAUUAGUUUAGCUUCUACCUUAUAUCAGGAAACAUUAGAAAUCUAUCAUUGAUCCUCCCUCCGAACCUUCAUCAGCUUUAAGCAGGAUUGCUGUGAAUGUGAUCUUUUGAGGAUAGUUUAGAUCGUGUAAUGUUGCAAUGACAGUACUGAAUAUGUCUCUUUAUUCUUCUCCUCAUCAUUCUCUUCUCUCCUCCUCCCCCUCCUCCCCAUCCAUCCUCUCCCAAACCCUCACAGCUCGCUCCACCUCCUCCCUCCUCGCUAACCCGGGAUCCAAGAGCAAACUUGGAUUUUCCAUUGAUUCAAUCGUCGGCGAGAACAAUUCCCGCCGAUCCAUGUCACCCAGAUGCCCGUCGCCAAUCGCCGCCCGAUCACCUCGAGAUCGUUCUCCAAUUUACAGAGUUAGAUCACCGUCAAGAUCGCCCGAUUACAAAAGAUCUCCCUCUCCUGGUCUGAACUAUUCCAGAUCUGAUUCUCCUCCGUCCCCCUCCCUCGUGAUGCGUCCUAUCCCCACAUCCCUCUCCUCCUCCUCCCCCUCCCUCCUUAACCCUCAAUCCUACCUAGAUCAACUGGCCUCAUUAAAAGCGUUCUAUGAGGCUCGAGGAAACCAAGAAAACUCGCCUCCUCCUCAUCCUCUUCUCCCACCCUCUCUUGGACUUCAUGGACUCCAUCCUAUGCUCUCAGGUCUACCUAGACACGGAUUACCUGGUAUGUUGAACCUACCCGGAGCAGGAUCUGGUUUACCUCCACACCUAUCCGGAGGAGGGAGUGGUUUACCUCCCCAUCUACCUAGAGAAUAUCCUCUUUAUCCUUGGUUUAUAAACAGACACAGAUUCCCAGGAGGUCCACAGUUCCCUGAAUUUCUUCUACCUUUCCGUAAACCUAAGAGAAUAAGAACUGCAUUCUCUCCCUCACAGCUUCUAAAAUUAGAACAAGCUUUUGAGAAGAAUCAAUAUGUCGUCGGUCAAGAGAGAAAAGAACUGGCCAAGUCAUUAAACUUGUCAGAAACACAGGUAAAAGUUUGGUUCCAGAAUCGGCGGACAAAGCAUAAACGUGAGGAAACUGAGGCGGAUCAAACAGCUGCCUUAAAGGGAGGGGCGGAGGGAUCCGCCCAACACACGAUGAUCGAGGAGGAGGAGGAGGAGGAUGAAGAGGAUAUUGAUUGCGAAUAAGUGAUCAAAUAUUUCUCAAUCGAUUCAUCCUUCUGGUCGAUCUAUUCUUCCAAGCGAUCCAUCCUUCCCAGCGAUCCAUCCUUCCCAGCGAUCCUUUCUUCCAAAUGAUCCCACAUGUAAAUCGAUCCAGCCUUCCUAUAUAUCUAUCCUAUUUGCGAUCAAUCCAAGCUUUCGAUCAAUCCAAAUAGAUUCUAGUACAAUAGAUGGCAACGUAGAAUUUGUACACUCACAGUACAGUUGUAUUCUGUCGUCACA